AUGUCAAUUCAAGAAUAUAUAAAUGAAGAGGGAUAUAGAAUUGAUGGAAGGAAAUCAAAUGAAUGUAGAUUAAUAAAAAUUCAUUUAGGUAAUGAAAAUAUAUUUACAGAUGAAGAUGGAUUUGCUUUUUUUGAAAUAGGUAAUACAAAAAUAUUGUCCUAUGUACAAGGACCAACUGAAUUAAAAAAAUCAGAUGAUAAAUGUUCCAUAAAAUGUGAAGUAUUUUUAUCUCCUUUUAGUGUUUAUGAAAAAAGAAAAAAAAAAACAAAAGAUAAUAUAACAAAUGAAAUAAGCGCAUAUGUAAGAAAUAUAUGCGAAAAUAUUAUAUUAUUAGAUUUGUAUAAAAACUCAGAAAUAAAUAUUUUUUUAUAUAUCAUAGAAAGAGAUGGAGGUUUAAAACAUGCUGCUAUAAAUACUUGUUUAUUAGCAUUAAUUGAUGCAGGUAUAGCAAUUAAAUAUUUUAUAUCAUCCUGUUCAGUUCUGUAUCUACAAAACACUAUGAUAGUAGAUGCUAAUCAAUUAGAAAUAAAUUCAGGUUCUCCUGAAUUGACUCUAGUUAUUGAACUGAAUACACAUAAAAUUAUUUUAUUAGAAUUUGAUGCAGAAGUUCCUAUUGAUAUAUUUGAAUCUAUGGUAAAAACAUGUAUUGAAUGUUGUAUUCAUUUAGGUAACAUUAUGAAAUUAACUGUAAAAGAAAAUGCCAUAAAAUUAUUGAGUUUAAAUAAUAUUUUAAAUGCUUGA